UGGCAGCAGCAGCAGCAGCGGUAGACCGAACUCGCGACUGAGUCUCGUACCUACUUCGAGGCGGCUUAGUAGAGUCAGUUCUGAUCGCGGUAUCGAGCCGUUCGCACGUGUUGUUUGAUCGUCGAUGCGCGACGUUUAAAACUUUUCCUCGAGACACUGCUCGUUAUCGCAUAAAAUCGCAAGGAUUUUUCGUCAACUAUACGACGACGCUACUUAUUUAAUAUUUUCUACGAAAGUGCACAGAGUUAAUGUUCGUUACGUCGCUGGUACUCUGCGUACGGUUGUAAUCGAAUAUUUUAACAUUUAUCUGUUACUUUGUAAACAUACGAUACACCGCGUAAUCGUUGAAGUUGGAAGUUAAACGGUUUCAACUUUUCGGCGAACUUCACUAUUUGUCGUAUAUCAUUGUGAUUGUCACUGACAGUAGUCGUGAAGGAAGACAAUUUGCACGUUGGAACGUUUCAACCACCUUUAGCCGAGUUUUAAUGUUGAGUUUUAUCAACCGCCAGUCUUCGCCAGACGCUACGAGGGAUAUGAACACACGUGGUCUUUAGUGUCCGUCUGUAUCAACGAUCUGCGCGCACUUUACAACAGUUUAUAAACAAUACGACCAUAGGUACUGAAAUAUUGGAAAUCAAUUGUGUGUGCUAGUGUUACUUUUAUUUGAUUUAACAACGUUUUUAACACACCCAAUUUAUAUCCAUUGUGAGGAUUGACUUGAAAACGUUUUAAUACAAGUGAACAACAUAGCGAGUCUUCAUUCUUUUUUGUUGGACUUAAAAACUACAACCAUAACUACAAGGACAACAACAAAAAAACCUUCCAAAAUUGAUGUCAUAAGAAGACAAAUUAUGGUGGCAGAAUUUGUCGCCCGUCAAAAUGGAUCGCCCAUCAACGGUGAAACCGCUUGCCUGAAUUUAAAUAUGCCGGGAGGACACAGUAUGGCUCACGCAGGUCACGGGGGACCUCAUACGGGGGGACAUCACGGCCCUAUGCCGCCCCUGAAUCACCCGGCCCAUCCCGGUCACCAGGGUCAUCUUGGGCCGCAAAGCACGUCCCAGCACUCUCACAGCGACACGGAGAGCCAAAGUCAUCCGGAUACGUACGGGCCGAACUUCGACCUCAGAAAGGAGCUGUUCUCCCAGAGGAAACAACGGGAGUUCAUACCCGACAAUAAGAAAGACGACAGCUACUGGGACAGGCGUCGGAGGAACAACGAGGCCGCCAAGAGGUCGCGGGAGAAACGCCGUUUCAAUGACAUGGUGUUGGAACAGCGCGUGAUGGAGCUUAGCAAAGAAAAUCACAUUCUGAAGGCCCAGCUGGAGGCGAUACGCGACAAGUACGGUAUAUGCGGCGAGUCGGAGAUCAGCGCCGAGCACGUGCUCGCUGCCUUACCGACCGAGCCUCCGCUCGUCAAACGACCCAAACUCCCGCCGACCGCCGCUAUUCUAUACGCCAGGUCUCCGAGCCCUGUUCCCACGUCGGUAAUCCACCAACCCGUCAGCGGUGCGAGGUCUCCCAGGUCACCUGCCCAGCUCUACGUCCCGGAGACGACGGCCUACCCCGAGACCGACAGUUUCCAGUACACCUACAGCCAUCCGGCGAUGCAUUUCGACACGACGAGCGCCCUCAAUUUGUCGAGGGGUCGCAGGACCCAGUCGCCCUUCGAGCUUUCAUCGGGCAGCGGCGACGAGGGCGGUCCCCAGGUCACCGCCGCUCAGACAACCGUUAAUAACAGCCUCCCACACAAGCUCAGACACAAGUCGAGGAUCGGCGAUAAGGACGCCGCGAGCGCCCUUCUCGCCUUACAGGGCAUAAAGCAGGAACCCGGACCACGAGCCUCGCCGCCCUGGGACAACGAAGGAUCCAGCGACGAGAGAGACUCCGGCAUAUCCCUCGGGGCCGAGUGGCCCGGUCCUGGAAGUCUUGCACCCGUUCCCGAGAGCGAGCACGAAGUCAAGUCGAGGCUCGAUCGCUUAGCCUCAGAGGUCGCCUCGUUACAGUCGAUACUCCGUCUGAGCAAGCCUGGGGAUGCCCAACUGCAGCAACAGCAACCCCAACAACAACAACAACAACAACAACAACAACAGCAGCAGCAGCAGCAACAGCAGCAACAGCAACACCAACAGCAGGCAGCGCAGGUUCCUAUAACUGCGGCGCAGUGAAAUAGUACGGUACACGUAUUUCCAAUGUUGGAAAUAUCACGCGUGAUGAUUCUGUAUGGAUAUAUACCGAUUACCCGAUGAACGGACAGACAUCAAUGUAUAUUUACAAACGACGUACUACCGCCCGGUUCCGUUUUUACCCACGACUCCUUCUCACGAGUCGUAAAAUGAUCGUAAAAGCCGGAUUUACACGAGGUAAUGGAUUGAUCACAUCCCGCCGCCUUCUGCCCCUUCGGACCUCAAUUUAUUACGAUACCGCUCCCCUUGUCUCUUCAAAUCGUGACCCGUAUCCAAGUUUUUCAAAUUCUGUUAACUCUGCAAGAAUAUCGUUGUAUCGA